AUGACCAAAACUGACCCAUCUAAGGCUAAAAAGAACUUGUUGACGGAGGGGCAGAUCCUUAACAACCGAUGGUUAAUUCAAGAUAAGAUCGGCGGUGGUGGUUUUGGAGAGGUAUACCGAGCUCUCCCGAUAAAUAAAUCGAACGCAGCGCUAUCCUCUCCUGCUCUCCAAAAAUACAAUUCUACGGAAAACAUUUCCAGUGUCUUGUGUUCGGCAGACCGCAUCGAUCCCACAGAGGGCUACGUGGCAGUCAAAGUAGAGGCAACCAAGAGUCAAAAGACCACGUUGGCAAUUGAGGUGGCCGUUCUGCGGGCACUCGUUGGUUCUCCCAAUGUAUGUCAACUGCUUGCUACGGGGAAGACCAACAAGGUGGUCUUCAUCGUGAUGACCUUGCAGGGCCCGAGCCUUAGCGUUCUCUUCAAGAAAUCACCCCAACGUCGUUUCACCCUCCCCACCACCCUCCGGCUAGCUUGCAAGUGCCUCGAUGCAAUCGAGGCGGUGCACUCAGUUGGCUUCCUGCAUCGAGACAUCAAGCCUGGCAAUUUCACUAUUCGGGCUGAUGAGCCGCACGAGGUCUGCAUUUUGGAUUUUGGCCUCUCGCGCAAAUUCAUCUCCAGCGACCCUCGACGGACCAUACGGGAGCCGCGCAGCUCGGUUUCCUUUCGCGGCACGGUACGCUAUGCCUCCAUAAACGCCCACGAAGGUCGCGAGCUUGUGGUCAAUCGGUGGGCCUCACAUCUGGAGUCCUUGGACUACUUCACGGCGCCCGAAUACACCUGCCUAAAAGCGAUAAUACUGGACUGGAUGAAGACUCAGGGCGUGGCCUGGAGCGACCCUUAUGACUGGGAGCGCAACUAUUCAAACAUCUAUAACAAGCAUCUAUCGACUGGAAGUCGUUCCACAAGCAACCGGUUCAGGCAAAAGCGACCUACUGAAACCGAUGACACACGCGCAGAACGUGACCUCCGAUUCUCCAAGGCCGGCGAUCCAACGACCAUGGCUUUCACCCUACCUAGCGAGCAUGUCAACCAGAACGGUGACAAGACUGAGAAGAAUGAGGAGGAAUUUGAAAAAGUGUUACUGGCUGACGGAAGAGUCUAUAAAAAACCAGUUCCGACUGAGAAUGGUGUCAUUCGCAAGGAAUCAGCCAACUCGCUUCCGCUACUACCACCACGCGCCCCAUCGAAGUCAUCGCCAAUACCCUCCGUUUCCAGGAAGAUCUCCUUGAAGAGCCUCUGCUCAAAAUUCACAGAGGGACAUUCUCGGCGCGAUGCUGCAAAGGAAGCUGCAAAGUAG